AUGAGUCCACCAUUCGUCGCAGUAGCCGGCGCCGCUGGUGGCUUAGGCCAGCUUGUUGCAUUGGCCUUGGUCAAACGCGGCGUCGCCGUCAAGGCAUUUGUCCGCCCCAACACAGAUUCCUCGCGCACCGAGAAACUCCGCAACGCUGGCGUGACGGUUACCCCUAUCGACCUCGCCGCAGUACCGGCCCUCACCAAAGAAUUGACUGGCGCGAUUUGUGUUGUCUCCACCCUUCAAGGAUUAAGGGAUGUGAUCCAUACAGCCCAGGGUACCCUCCUAGAGGCUUCCGUGGCUGCUCAAGUACCAAAAUUCAUCCCUUCUGAUUUCUCUCUCGAUUUUACAAAGACCCAAGUGGGAUCUAACCGCAACUUGGAUUUACGACGCGAGUUCCACACCACGUUAACGAAGUCCGGUAUCUCUUGGACGAGUAUCCUCAAUGGCGGGUUUAUGGAUCUCUUGGUUGGGGACUCGCCUAUGAUCAACCACAAAGGACGGAAGGUUACAUACAUCGGAUCAACCACACAGCUCCUUGAUUUCACGACAAUGGUGGAUACUGCUGCAUACACAGCGGCUGUAGCUGCGGACCCCACUCCCACGCCCAACUUUCUUCGCAUUGCUAGUGCGACAGUCAGUAUCGAGGACAUCGCUCAGGCACAUACCAAUGUCGAGGGGGUGGAAUAUAAACCCAACUGGAUUGGUACCGUGGGCUCUACAGAACUUAUGAUCCGCGGUCUGCGCUUUUUUGGUGGAGAGAAUGACGUGUUUCCCGCCUGGCAGGGUAUGCAGUACAUGGUGAACAUGUUUUCUGGUGCUGGAAAACUUGAUCCGAUUGAUAACGACCGUUAUCCCGAUGUACAGUGGACCAAAAUCGAGGAUUUCUUUCGAGAGAACAAACACAACAGGUGA